CAACUCGUUCGGGUCUUCAUAAACUGCUAGAAAAAUGUUGGAUAACUUGAUUAACUAGAACUAGAAGAGCUUAUGUGAUUUACUUUGAGUCGACAUAGAUGUUCAUCCUAACAUUUGAAGAUUUGAUUACCCAAUGCUGUUAAAUUCUUGAAUACCUAACUUCAAGAAUAUUAGAUUUCUCUUCCGUACCCAUUUCAGAAAAAGAAGAAGAAUGUAUUUGAAGCUAUAUUUAGAUAGCAAUUACUUAUUCAUAUCGAGCUCCACUACCAGAACCUCACCAAAUGUUGGAGUUUCAGUGUCCACAAAAAGUGGACCUUCUUUAUCUCCAUUAGAAAAAAUUGACUCUGUCAAGAAAUUUCGAGGACAGAGACUGCUUGAGACGUCCAAUGGUCGUGAUAAAGCAUUUGCCUUUGUUCAUAAACCUAAGUUUCGGAAACAGGGUUUAGAAAAGAACUCAGAUAGAGAACAGAGGAACGCAGACGACGCUGCUAAAUUUGCUAAAAAGAAGGGUUUGUGGCCUAAAUUGAUUGCGGUGAAUGGUAAUGGUUCCAUUGAGAAAGUGCACACCAAGUGUUCGACGAAAUGGGCAAAUUAUGGCGGUUGCAUUCCAGCAAUUUUGCAAUCUUUGGAUGGGAUUGAAGAUUUGGAUGAGGCGUUGAAACCUUGGGAAGAUACACUCAAUAAUAAAGAGAGGAGCAUAAUUUUGAAAGAGCAGUGUAGUUGGGAAAGAGCUUUUGAGAUUUUUGAGUGGUUUAAAAGAAAAGGUUGUUAUGAGUUGAAUGUGAUUCAUUACAAUAUCAUGAUUAGGAUUCUUGGCAAAGCACGGCAAUGGAGCCACCUUCAAUGUUUGUGCAAUGAAAUGAAUGCGAAACUGAUUUUGCCUAUCAAUUCCACAUAUGGUACAUUGAUUGAUGUCUAUAGCAAAGGUGGCCUUAAAGAAGAGGCACUCUAUUGGCUUCAGAAGAUGAACGAGCAAGGAAUUGAACCUGAUGAGGUAACAAUGGGAACUAUAGUGCAAAUGUACAAGAAGGCUAGGGAAUUCCAAAAAGCUGAGGAUUUUUUCAAGAAGUGGUCGAUGGGUGAAUCUCUGAAGCAUGAAGGCAUCAGUAAAGCAAGUUCCAGAAUGAAGAUUGAGACAGGAGUGAAUGUUUCUUUGAGCUCAUACACAUACAAUAAUUUGAUAGAUACAUAUGGAAAAGCUGGGCAACUAGAAGAAGCUUCCAAAACUUUUGCGGAGAUGCUUAGAAGAGGGAUUGCGCUGACAACAGUGACUUUCAAUACAAUGAUUCACAUUUGUGGUAAUCAUGGCCAACUUGAAGAAGUGGCUUUACUUUUGCAGAAGAUGGAAGAGCUUCGAUGCUUUCCUGAUACAAGGACAUAUAAUAUUCUAAUUUCCCUUCAUGCUAAGCACAAUGAUAUAAACAUGGCAAUUAGCUUCUUUAAAAGGAUGAAGGAAGAUAAAUUACAGCCAGACCUUGUGAGUUAUCGUACCCUCCUGUAUGCAUUCUCAAUAAGGCACAUGGUCAAUGAUGCAGAAAAUUUGGUAUCAGAAAUGGAUGAAAAGGGUUUAGAGAUUGAUGAGUAUACACAAUCAGCUUUGACUAGAAUGUACAUUGAAGCUGAGAUGCUUGAGAAGUCAUGGUUAUGGUUCAGGAGAUUUCAUCUGACCGGAAAUAUGAGUUCCGAGUGUUAUUCUGCCAGCAUCGAUGCAUAUGGGGAGCGUGGACAUAUUUUGGAAGCAACAAAAGUUUUUACCUGCUGUCUAGGGCAGAACAAGCUUACUGUCCUUGUGUUCAAUGUGAUGAUUAAAGCAUAUGGUUUGGCAAAUAAUUAUGAUAAAGCAUGUAGCUUGUUUGAUAGUAUGGAGAGUCAUGGUGUAGUUCCAGAUAAAUGUAGUUAUAGUUCUCUGAUUCAGAUUUUGGCUAGUGCUGACUUGCCAGACAAAGCAAAAUGCUAUCUGAAGAAGAUGCAAGAGGCAGGACUGGUUAGCGACUGCAUCCAAUAUUGUUCUGUGAUCUCAAGCUUUGUGAAACUGGGUAAACUAGAAAUGGCAGAGAAGCUGUAUAAGGAGAUGAUUGGCUGUGAUGUGAAGCCGGAUGUAAUAGUUUAUGGUGUGUUGAUAAAUGCUUUUGCUGAUGCUGGAAGUGUAAAGGAAGCUAUCAGUUAUGUGGAUGCUAUGAGAAGAGCAGGUUUGCCUGGAAAUACGGUCAUAUACAACUCCUUGAUCAAGCUCUAUACCAAAGUUGGCUACUUGAGGGAAGCACAAGAAACAUACAAACUGCUUCAAUCAUCAGAAGUUUGUCCUGAUGUAUAUUCUUCAAAUUGUAUGAUAGAUCUCUACAGCGAGCAAUCUAUGGUCAAACAAGCAGAAGAGAUUUUUGAGAGCAUGAAGAGAAAAGGGGUUGCAAAUGAAUUUACUUUUGCAAUGAUGUUAUGCAUGUAUAAAAGACUUGGUAGAUUUGAUGAAGCCAUUCAAAUUGCAAAACAUAUGAGGAAUGAGGGACUUUUGACUGAUUUGUUGAGCUAUAACAAUGUGCUCGGAUUGUAUGCAUUGGAUGGAAAACUCAAAGAGGCAGUAGGAACUUUCAAGGAAAUGAUAGCAGCUGCUAUACAGCCUGAUGAUUGCACAUUUAAAUCUCUUGGAGUAGUUUUAGUGAAAUGUGGAAUCUCAAAACAGGCCAUUGGCAAGCUAAAAGCAAAGACGAAGAAGGAUCCUCACAGUGGUCUGCAGGCGUGGUUGAUGAAUCUUUCUGCUGUCGUUGAGGUAGAUGAUGAUGACGUUAGUGAUGAUGUGUAAUUGACAUCUCAGCAAAAUUUCUCAGUGGAAAAACUAGGUGUAGGUAUAAUUAAACUAGGUGAUAGAUUGUACAUUUCAUUUUUGUACUCCCGCCAUUUUGUGCAUUUUCAUGAAUGAAAAUAAAAAUGUGUAUACAAGUGUCGAUGAACCUAGCUACCUGUAUAUUCAGAAUCUAUAUAAUCUGUACUAUAAUUGCUUUCAUGAAUAUAUUUCAUUGCCUCUGUGGAUUGUACUUUCAACUAGGUGGUAGACUACAUAUUUCCUUCUUUGUA